UCUAUCUGUAUUGUGUGAAUGAACCCGACACAAUAAAAUUGAGUCGAAUAAAUGCUUAUAAAAAGAGAAUCGCUGCCUCACAUCGCUAUUAGACACACUAAUCGUUGGAUUGGCAUCACCGUUUAGAAUUCGAAUUCUAUUAUUCCCAUAAAUUUUUAAUCGAUUUGGUUUUUUUUCUGCAUCACAAUGGUUGAUAUAAAGGCACCGCUAGUCAGUUUGGAAGAGAUGGAAUAUGAAGAUCCGAUCCAACCACCCAACAGCCUACGACGACCGAUUGCUGUACGGCCAAUGGUUUUAAUGGGCAGCGGUCCAACAAACCCAUCGAAACGCGUCACCGAGGCACUAUCCAAACCGGUCAUGGGGUUGUACACCGAGGAAUAUACCCAGGUUAUGGAUGAAAUCCGUGAGGGUUUGAAAUAUUUAUUUCAAACACGGAAUCCGAUCACGUUCUGUGUUACUGGUUCUGGAAAUGCUGGCAUGGAAAUGGCACUUGGCAACACGCUGGAGCCGAAUGAUGUGAUUUUGCUUUGUGUAAGCGGUACAUUUGGUUGGCGUGCCGUUGAAAUAGCCAAACGAUAUAAUGCCGACGUACGAAUUAUUGAGAGUAAAUUGGGAACAACUUUCAAAUAUGAGCAAAUUCGUGCUCAAGUGGUGUUGCAUAAGCCAAAAGUUUUAUUCGUCUGUCAUUGCGAUUCAUCAACCGCUGUGCUUCAAAAUCUGGAUAAAUUGGGUGAUCUUUGCGAACGAAAUAAUGCAUUGUUCGUGGUUGACGCUGUGUCUUCGCUUGGAGCGGCCGAAUUGAAUGUGGACGAAUAUAAAAUUGAUGUAUGCUUCAGUGGAUCGCAAAAAGUACUGGGCGCUGCAGCUGGCUUGGCACCAAUUACAUUCUCCCCCCGUGCUAUGGAGGUAAUUGUUAAUCGUAAGGUACCAUCGAAUGUGUUUUUCUUCGACACAACAUACAUGAGCGAACUGUACAAGUGCACCGAUAAGCCACGAUACUAUCAUCACACGACUUCAGCACCACUACUCUAUGCGCUGCGCGAAAGUUUGGCCGAAAUUGUUGCCGAGGGUUUGGAUUUAUUCCGAUUGCGUCACGCCGAAAAUGCACAACGAUUGCGUGAAGGUCUCCAGAAUAUUGGCCUAGAAUUGUUUGUGGAAAAUCCGGAACAGCGCAGUCCAUCGGUCACUUCCGUUCGCAUUCCGCACGGCGUAAAAAUGGAAAAUGUUAUCAAGUGUAUGAUGGACAGACACUCCGUGGAAAUCUCGCAUGGUAUCGGCCAUACGAAGGGAAUCAUUUUCCGUAUUGGUACCAUGAACUCGAAUGCAACACACCAAAAAGUCGAUUUGGUGCUAAGAGCACUCUAUGAAGCACUAAAAGUUACGGCUAAUUUCAUUGCCCCACAAACGAAAGUUUAUUACUAAAAAGCGCGCACUGUAAAUAUAUUAUACCAUACACUAUAUAUAUACCUAUAUCCAUGAACUAUAUGGCCGAAAUGACCGCCAGAUCUAAUGCCAAAGAUUAUAAUCGAAUUGGAAACAAUAAAACGCGUUCUUUGUUUUGUUUUGUUUUUUUUUCUCUGUA